CUCCCGAUGCUGCACACUCUGAUUGGCCAGCCCCAGCAGAGCUCAGAGGAGCCAUGGGGAACCUCACCACUGUCACCGAGUUUGUCCUGCUGGGGCUCUCGGAUGCAUGUGAACUGCAGAUGCUCAUCUUCCUGGGGCUCCUCCUGACCUACCUCCUCACUCUGCUGGGGAACCUCCUCAUCGUGGUCGUCACCCUCAUGGACAGGCGCCUCCACACCCCCAUGUACUACUUCCUCCGCAACUUUGCUGUCCUGGAGAUCUGGUUCACCUCAGUCAUCUUCCCCAAGAUGCUGACCAACAUCCUGACCAGACAUAAGACCAUCUCCCUAGCAGGCUGUUUCUUACAAAGUUUCCUCUAUUUCUCCCUGGGCACCACAGAGUUCUUUCUCCUGGCAGUGAUGUCCUUUGACAGGUAUGUGGCCAUAUGUAACCCCUUGCAUUAUGUCACCAUCAUGAGCAAAAGAGUCUGUGUCCAGUUAGUCUUUUAUUCAUGGAUGACAGGAUUCCUUCUUAUUAUUGUUCCAAGUUUCAUCACAAUUCAGCAGCCAUUCUGUGGCCCCAAUGUCAUUAAUCAUUUCUUCUGUGAUAACUUCCCGCUCCUGGAACUCAUAUGUGCAGACACAAGUCUGAUAGAACUCCUGGGUUUUAUUAUGGCCAACGUCAGCUUACUGGGCACUCUGUUGGUGACGGCCACCUGCUAUGGCCACAUCCUCCACACCAUCCUGCGCAUCCCCUUGGCCAAGGAGAGGCAGAGAGCCUUCUCAACCUGCUCCUCCCACAUCAUUGUUGUGUCUCUCUUCUAUGGCAGCUGCAUCUUCAUGUAUGUCCGGUCGGGCAAGGGCCGCCAGGGGGAGGACAGGAACAAGGUGGUGGCCUUGCUCAACACUGUGGUGACCCCAGUGCUCAACCCUUUCAUCUACACCCUGAGGAACAAACAGGUGAAGCAGGUGUUUAGGGAGCAAAUGAGCAAGCUCCUUUCCUAAAGAUGAGCUGAACACGAGAGUGGGAGAAAGUUGACUCCUUACCUGAAUCUGUAAACAUAGCUCCUUCCUAAU